AUCAGCGUCUCACUCUGUCUCAAUAUGUCUCAAGAUGGCGGCCAAUGUGGGAUCGAUGUUUCAAUAUUGGAAGCGCUUUGAUUUACAGCAGCUGCAGCGAGAACUCGAUGCCACAGCAACAGUAUUGGCCAACCGACAAGAUGAAAGUGAAGAGUCGAGAAAAAAACUUAUUGAACAAAGCCGUGAGUUCAAGAAAAACACACCAGAGGAUCUGCGUAAACAGGUAGCCCCAUUGCUGAAGAGUUUCCAAGCUGAGAUUGAUGCAUUAAGCAAAAGAAGUAAAGAAGCAGAGGCAGCUUUUUUGAAUGUGUACAAGAGAUUAAUUGAUGUUCCAGAUCCUGUUCCUGCCCUGGAUCUGGGACAGCAGCUUCAAUUAAAAGUACAGCGUAUGCAUGACAUUGAAACUGAAAACCAGAAACUGAGAGAAACCCUCGAGGAGUACAACAAGGAAUUUGCUGAAGUUAAAAAUCAAGAGGUCACAAUAAAAGCACUAAAGGAAAAGAUCCGAGACUAUGAGCAGACCUUGAAGAGAGAAGCUGAAACCAUAGCACUUGAGAAAGAGCAGAAGUUGCAGAAUGAUUUUGCAGAAAAAGAGAGGAAGCUGCAGGAAACCCAGAUGUCUACGGCCUCGAAACUGGAAGAAGCGGAAAACAAGGUUCAGCUUUUGCAGACAACACUGGAGAAAACGCAGACCGAGUUGUUUGACUUGAAAACCAAGUAUGAUGAGGAAACAACUGCAAAGGCUGAUGAAGUUGAGAUGAUUAUGACAGAUCUGGAACGAGCCAAUCAGAGGGCAGAGGUGUCUCAGAGAGAAGCAGAGGCCUUACGGGAGCAGCUUUUAUCUGCUAAUAAAUCUCUGCAGCUUGCCACACAAAUCCAGAAAGCUCCAGACGUGGAGCAAGCAGUAGAGGUGCUAUCACGGUCCAGUCUGGAGGUGGAACUAGCUGCAAAGGAACGAGAAAUAGCACAGCUUGUGGAGGAUGUGCAGCGACUGCAGGCCAGUCUUAGCAAACUCCGUGAGAAGUCGACCAGCCAGAUAUCUCAACUUGAGCAACAACUCAGUUCAAAGAACAGCACACUGAAACAACUUGAGGAAAAACUGAAGGGACAAGCAGACUAUGAUGAAAUGAAAAAAGAGCUGACUAUCCUGAAGUCCAUGGAGUUCACAUCAACAGAAGGUUCAGGAUCACAGGAUGCCUCUAAGCCCCUUGAGGUGUUGCUUCUCGAGAAGAAUCGCACUCUGCAGUCUGAGAAUGCUACCUUACGUAUCACCAACAGCGACCUGAGUGGGUCGGCCAAGAGAAAAGGGAAAGACCACCCUGAGAACCAACGCCCUACAGCCUCGCCAUCCUCCCCUCCUUCCCAUUUGCUGCGAAGCAGCGGGGAACUGGCUUCUAGUACUAAUGGUACACACCAGUUUUCACCGACGGGUUUGAGUCAAGACUUUUACAGCUCAUCCCUGGGAAACUCAACCUUACCCCUGGCCUCAUCAGGAAAAUUUGCACUAAAUUCUCUCCUACAGCGUCAGCUAAUGCAGUCUUUCUACUCCAAAGCAGUUCUUGAAGCAGGGAGCACAAAUAUGCUUUUCCCAACAGGUCACUAUAGCACAAACUCCAUAUCUUCCCCAAGUCCAUUACAGCAAAACCAGGAUCUCAAUGGCAUGGUGCCAUCGCCUUGCCAGUCAGAAAGUGCUGGCAGUGUUUCGGAGGGAGAGGAGAUCGACACAGCAGAAAUUGCACGUCAGGUGAAAGAGCAGUUGAUCAAGCACAAUAUUGGACAAAGGAUAUUUGGACAUUAUGUUCUUGGACUGUCACAAGGCUCUGUAAGUGAAAUAUUGGCCCGUCCAAAGCCGUGGAAUAAACUGACUGUCCGUGGCAAAGAGCCCUUCCACAAAAUGAAGCACUUCCUUUCAGAUGAGCAGAACAUCUUGGCCCUACGUAGCAUCCAAGGCAGACAAAGGGAGAAUCCAGGCCAGAACCUGAGCAGGGUAUUUCAGGAAGUAUCGAAACGAAGAAAUGGGCAUGAAGGUAACAUCACAACGCGGAUUAGAACUUCAGAGACUGGUUCUGAUGAAGCCAUCAAAUCUAUUUUAGAACAGGCCAAAAGAGAGCUCCAAGUACAGAAAUGUGCUGAGCCUGCACGGCCCAUGUCUGCAUCAGGUAGUGGCAGUUCAGAUGACACCAUUCGGUCAAUCUUGGAACAAGCACGUCGUGAAAUGGAGGCUCAGCAAGCUGCACUUGAACCUGUUCUGAAGGCCACACCCAUCUCUCAGCCUGACAUUCCUGUCUUAUCUACAAAACUACUGUCCACUUCUACAGUAUCUUCAGUUAGUACAUACCCUGCCUUGGCCACAUCAUUAAAGAAGCCCCCUAUUCAGGAAACUUUGCAGAUAAAUUCUGGAAUAAAAAAAGAGUACCAUGAAACACCAGCUCUGGAACUCCAUGGGAUCAAUGAGUCUUCUCAUUGUAUGCUUAAACAUACUAAAAGUGAACUAGGGCAAGGUAGCAGUUGGAAGGACCACUGGUGGAACACUGUUCAGCAUGAGCAGCAUCGAAGAAAUGCUGUUCCUUUAGAGGAUAGAAGGAUUGAAGACAUUAACAGUGGAAAGGACAAGUUAAGUAAUCAGUGCAGAACAGAGCGUAGUCAGUUGCAAGGGCCUUUAUCCUCAGAGUAUUGGAAAGAUUGGCCAAAUGUUGAAUCCCCAUAUUCUCAAGGUUCUGAAUUGAGUAUGACUGGUGCUAGUCGAAGUGAGACUCCACAGAAUAGCCCUCUUCCUUCUUCUCCUGUUGUUCCCAUCACAAAGCCAGCCAAGCCUUCUGUCCCACCUCUGACUCCAGAGCAAUAUGAAAUUUAUAUGUAUCAAGAGGUGGACACGAUAGAGCUUACCCGGCAAGUGAAGGAGAAAUUAGCAAAAAAUGGUAUCUGCCAAAGGAUUUUUGGUGAAAAGGUUCUAGGUCUGUCACAGGGUAGCGUCAGUGAUAUGUUGUCUAGACCAAAGCCAUGGGGUAAACUGACCCAGAAAGGCCGUGAGCCCUUUAUUCGAAUGCAGUUAUGGCUGAAUGGUGAGCUUGGGCAAAGUGUUCUCCCUUCUCAAGGACAGCUGCAAGAACAAGAAAACACUCCAAAGACAUCUGCCAGCUGCAGUCCUGCUCCAGAAUCUCCUAUGAGCUCUAAUGAAUCUGUGAAGAGUCUUACAGAGUUGGUGCAACUUCCGUGCCCUCCUUUAGAUGGCUGUAAGGAAGAAAAACAGGUGGACUCAAGUGAUGCAUCUGUUACAGAUUCCCAGUCAAAUACACCUGUGCCAGUUGCUGGUAACUCUUCACUUAGCAUUCAGGAACUGGUAGCAAUGUCAUCAGAGCUUGACACUUACAGUAUAACAAAGAGAGUAAAGGAGGUGUUAACAGACAACAACCUUGGUCAGCGUCUGUUUGGAGAAACUAUAUUGGGUCUUACCCAGGGCUCAGUUUCUGACCUUUUGGCAAGGCCUAAACCCUGGCACAAACUAAGCCUGAAAGGAAGGGAGCCUUUUGUCCGCAUGCAGCUAUGGCUGAAUGACCCCAACAAUGUAGAAAAGUUAAUGGAUAUGAAACGAAUGGAAAAGAAAGCUUAUAUGAAACGACGCCACAGUUCUGUAAGUGAAAGUCAACCAUGUGAUGCCCCCUCAGUCGGGAUUGACUACAGCCAGGGUGCUAGCCCACAGCCACAGCAUCAGCUCAAGAAACCACGAGUAGUACUGGCACCAGAAGAGAAAGAGGCACUGAAGCGUGCUUACCAGCAGAAGCCAUACCCCUCACCAAAAACUAUUGAGGAGCUUGCUUCUCAGCUGAAUCUUAAAACGAGUACUGUUAUCAACUGGUUUCACAAUUACAGAUCCCGUAUUCGAAGAGAACUAUUUAUUGAAGAAAUUCAAGCAGGAAAUCAGGGGCAGACAGGAGCCAGUGACUCCCCUUCAGCAAGGGGGGGUAGAACAGGCCAUGGUUCUGAAGGAGACAGCUGUGAUGGAGUGGACACAGAAGGCUCAUGUGACGGAAAGCCAGGGAUUUUGGGAAUGGAUGACUGCAGUUCUGAAGAUAUGAAAACUCAUGUGGGGUCAUUGGACUCAGCAUUUGAAGAAAGAGAUGAAUCAGAUCAGGAUACCAGACCUUCUGAGACGAUGGAAUCCUUUCAUUUGGGAAAGGAAUGUGUAGAUAAUGUGAAGGAUGAUGAUAAUCCUAAAGUACCAAGUCAGAAAUCUCUCCCUGAAUCUCAGAACAUGGGAGUGCCUGAGACGACUGUCAGUCACCCAGCAACAGAAGAAAAUGCAUCUGCUGCCUCCAAUUUACUUCCAACAGUGGAAGCUUUUCAAGAGUCAAAAGAACGUUCACAUGAUGUCUCCAGCAUGCCAAGUACAAGUUCAGCAAGGAGUGCUGGCUCACAUAAGGCAGAUGCAAUACAGAGCUUAUUCACUUUUUCAGAGUCUGCUGGCUCAAGGAACACAAGGGAUAAUAGCCUCAGGAAAAAGAAGGCUGCCAAUUUAAACAACAUUAUUCAUCGCCUGGAGAAGGUUGCAAGUCGAGAAGAACCCACUGAGUGGGAAUUUUGAAACAGAAUUAUCCUUUCUGUGACAAGAGGGAAAAUUAAUAUAAUGAACAUUUACUUUGUUGUUGAGCACUUAAUGCCCUGCAGGCCACAGGGCAAAAACACCAUAGGCCAAGGUGCAUAUAUAAAACAAUAUAGAAGCAUUAAUGCCCAGUUUAAUGUUGCAUUUUUGAGGAAGUAAAACUGAAGUGCGUGGUCAAGUUUUUGUACCCUCAAACGUUUUUUCGUAUUGUCCCACAAGUGAUUUUUUUCCACAUUUCCUUGGAUAACUGUUACAGUUUUGCCUUCAGCCCUCAAAUAUGUGGGUAGAAAAAUAACUGAAAAGCCCCUCACAUUAAAAAAAGAGGGUUUUAAACUGCCAUCUAAUGGCCGCAGAGCUGUAUUACACUAUUAACUUCUUAAGCCAAGAAAAAAGUUGGAGGUUUAAAAAAAAAUGAAAAACUGAUUUUGUAGCAGUUAAGUUGCCACUAAGAGAUUGCACAGUCAUUUGACUCUAAACACACUAGUUUGAAUUCCUCAAUAUUUUCAAAAAAUAGUGCUGUCUGAAACUUUAAAUGAAAAAAAAGAACACAUUUAGUCCACAUAUUUUUUUGGAAAAGAAAGGUCACAUCAGGAAAAAAUCCUUAAUUUGUGGUAGCUGAUCUAGUGUUUUCUUGUAAAUUGAAUUAGACUAUUGACAGUAGUGCACAUUGUUUCAUAGCUUUAACCGACUUUGGUCAUUUUGACCAGAGUUUGUUUUAAUACACUCCAUUUUAGGCCAAAUCAGGACAAAAAAAUGAGAAUCUAGGUGUUUUAUAACCAGCUUUUUAACCUCUUAACCACAGAGCACGCUGAUCAGACCUCAUAUUGGGGGUGGUUUGAAGUGCACGUUGGAACCAAGACUUGUAUUUGUGGGUAUGAGUUUAGGUAGCAUUCUUUGUAUUACCUCUUUGUAUAUACAUGUGUAUAUAUUUGUAAUUUGGUUCAAAACAUGUUGGUAUACAUUGAACAUAGUAUUUUUAAGGAAUAGCUCAGGAUCUGCCUGCUUACGUAACCCUUUAUAUUCCAGUUUAACCCCUUAAUUUUUGGUGACCUCUUAUUUCUGACUUUACUGUCCAUCAUAACAGCAAAAGAGUGUUUAAUACAUUUCUAACAGGAAUCUUUGUUAAAAAGAAAUAAUAUGAGGUGAACAAAAUGUUGCAAUUAUACAGAAUAUUUAAAGCCAAAAAUUUUUUUUUCUUUUUUCCAUAAAUACAAUUAUUUUGUGGCAGUUUUGCACAUCCACUAAGUCAGGUCACA